GAAACUUCAAAUUAAUCUCGCCACAUUCAGCCAUUUUAUCGCCUAAACCACAAAACAAGCAAUAUACUUCCUAACCAACACACAUCACAACCCCUUACGAAUUUACCGCAAUCAUGCAGCCGAUUACAUCAUAAUAGGGUUUCCAUAACAUUUAACUACUCAGGCUACCAUAAAUGAAGCAACAUCUUGGUGAUAAAUGAAACAACAACUUGACGAUAAUACAAGGGGUACCCUUAAGUCAACUCUAACCAAGAGCAAAGCUAUUAUGUUUCAUCACUGGAUUCAUAGAGCUAGUAGUUGUGCUUGGAUUGGACUUGUCUAUAUAACUUCCAGUAAAGUGUAUGCAAGUGAUGUUUUUGAGAAACCAACAUCAAAAUGGAAUUAUGAUUGGGACAAUCCUGAACAAGACGAAAAACCUUCUCCAUCGAUGUUUAAUAAAAACAUUAUUAUGAUAAGAUCUGCUCAAUCUCAUGAUACAUCCACUGUAAAAGGACCAAGGGCUUUAACUGCUUUAGGUGAGUACCAUUAA